CAAAUAUGAAACAGCAUGAAAGCACAUGGGGGACCAUCCAGGAACCGGGUGAGUGAUCUAUCUGUGACCCUAAUGUGGGCAUGCCGGGAAUAGAUCUGGGUGGCAUAUGAGGGGCACAAGUGGGAGACCUCCCAGCAUACCAUUCCCAAGAGUAAAAUAAGGAAUAUGACACAUUAUUCUAUUAUACAGCUACACAUGGCUGUUUGUGACCUUAUAUGGCACAAAGUAUGCAGUCUGUGCUAUUUGCAGUAUUGGGACCUACCCUUACUCUGUGUUUAUUUAUAGAUGGACACAUGAUCAUUCCAAGUAUUUCUAGAUUACAUGUCAUUUUAUCCCAAGAGUUUCCAGGUCAGAGCAUACCUUUAUUAUAGUGUUAAUUUAGCCAUGUGUUUGUCUAAUUAGAGUAGUUUACAUCCAAACACUCCAUGUUCUACUUGCCCAGGUCCCUCUCUGAUAUCCACAACCUUGCUCUCUCUGAUAUUGCAAAUAUUACAUAUUAGUAUAUUACAGAGGUCCAUACUAAUCUUACAAUGGCUUUGGAAUUGGUGUAGGAGCUCGUGUUUUGAUUUUGAAUGCAUUCUAGAUAUAAAUGAGUUACUUUGGCACAUAAUUAGUAGACAGUAAAUUAAGGGAUUAAAUAUCCGUCCAUCACAACAACCACCUAUUUACUACUUAGUGAAUUGUAGGGUAUAUGGUGGAUAUAAGAGGUGGCACACUGGGUUAGCACCCUCUUUUUGGAGGCUUUUGUGAUAUUACCAGAGUGGGGAUGCCAAAGAAGGUGGGAAAUGUUCCCAAAUUGAAACAGACCCAGCAGAUUCAAGACAGUUUUUGAGUUAUGUAUUGUGCCCAUAUUGCCCAUAUAACGUGCCUUCAGCAACCCUUUUCCUCAGAGUGGUAUUUUAAAAUCUAUAUAUAUAUAUAUAUUUUUUUUUUUUUAUAUAGAUGGUCUUAAUUAGUUUAUAAUCUGACAAACCUAAGUAGAGAAGAGGUGGGAUGGGUGUGAGCAAUCCAAUUGUUCUGACAGUUAAAGAAUUAUGGUACAGGAGUUCUUUGUUCUGUUACCUAGAGGUGUAGUUAAAAACCCAGUCUGCACAGUGAUAUAAUAGCGGAAGCUAUAGUAUUGCCCUUGAUUGUACAAGAUCUUUUAUGGUGCUUGCCUGUCCUAUAAUUCUUUGCUACUUUUUAUAGCUUUCUAUGAGUGUGUCAGUGCUCUUAAUGCAGCUGGCUUCAUUGAUGAAGAAACACAGAUAAAUCUGCCUUUGUUAGCUUGCACAAUAACAUGUCCCCAUCCCCACUAGACAAAAAUAGUUUGAUCAUUUCUUCAGCUAGACUUCAUAUUUUCUCUCUCUUUGGGCAUUUCAUAAUCCUUUUUGCUGUCUCCCUUUUAGGGUACAUCUGCCCUCUAAUCUUGUUCUCGUACCACUGCACCUACGCCAAGAUCUGAUUGCAUCCUGUGCAGAGCUCCUGAAUCAAACAUGGCGCCGAAGUUUGGGUGCUCGUAUCCACUCUUUAGAGCGUUCCUGCGAUGAAUUUCCUGUGUGUCUUGUCCUCAUCAGGGAAUGUGGGGGUCCAGUUCUUGGUCAUGUUCGUCUCUGCAGAGUGAUAGGACUAAAGGACAGCCUGUUCGUGGAAUCAGUGGUUGUCAGCGAAGAACUACGUGGCAAAGGUUAUGGAAGGAAGCUGAUGGAGGCCACUGAGCACUAUGCCCGUAGAAGGGGCUUUCAAAAAAUGCACCUUACUACCCAUGACAAGCAGUACUUCUACUCACAUCUAGGGUACCAGCUUUCUGAGCCUGUUCAGAACAUGGGCACUCUUGGUGGCUUGCUGCCUUCAGGCAUAUUUCAGAGCAUGACAUGGACAGACAGCACCUCGGCUAAGCUACCUGCUCCACCUUCACAUUCUCACUUUACUUCUCCAGCUCUUCCUGUAUCACCACCAAACCCUCUUGCAUCAAAUCUCCCACCUCCUCCUCUUCCAGUCAACCUUUCUGCAUCUACCCUUUCUUCUCAACUUCCACCACUAAAUGUUCUUUCUGCACCUCAACCAGCACACCAUUCUUCUGACCCACUUCCAACUGUGGGUCCUUCUCCACAAGCACCCCCAGCUCCACCACCUCUUCCAUCACCUCCAUCUUAUCUUGCAAACACACAAUGUCCUUUUUCAUCUGAACCUGUUAACAGUACAGCUUGUUCCACAAACCCCCCACCACCACCUCCCUUGCCUUUAUCCUUUCCUUCUACUAACCUACCGGCAUCUCCGUUAUCGUCACCCUCAGGGCCACCACUCUUUCCUCCAUCCCCCAAGUCAACAGAGUGUGCAGAGACUGGCCAAACCUUACAGUCCCCAUACAAGGAUUUCCGUGGGCAAACAAUUUUCUGGAUGAAAAAGUGCAUUUGAGGGUGAUAGUGCAAGGUGGAGAUUUAAUUACCAUGGAUUUGUUUUAGUUUUUGUCUUCUUUACCAGCUUUCCUUUCCUUAUGCCACUGUGUCUUAGUGGUAAUACUCCCCUCCCAUGCCACUUGACUUUAUUAUUAUUAUUUUUUUUGUUCUUUGUGCCAGAUAUCACUAUCACUGCCAUUGUUUUCCUCUGUCCAUGCUGUCUGCAGUUUGCUUUCUGUGGGAUAUUUUUGACCAAUGGAUUGUGGGCAAUUUAGUGUUGCAACUGCAAUGGAGCUUUGCUUAAAAGGACACUGUAUGCACUGUAACUGUCACAUCUUAUUGAAGUGGCCAUAGUGUCUGGAGCACACUUACACUGCCAUACAAUGUUAACCCUUUUAAUGUUUUAAUGCUAAACUAGCAUCCCCAGCAUGGAAGCAUUAGCCUAAGCAGCAAUGGAUUGCUGAGAGGGUCAGCUGACCGUUUUCAGCCUAUCACAGCACUUUUUGCUCAUAUGAAUUGGUAUGAAUAGAAUUCUGUUAUCUCUACCGUAGCCAUAUCUCCAGUAGGGUCCAGGCUGUUGGUGGCCCGGGACCUUUGUUUAGUAUUAAAAUGCUCUAAAAUGGCUUAAUACGGAAUGGAGAAAUAAUGCCAGAGGACUCCAGGUACCAUAACUGAUUCAAUGAGUUGAAAUGGUUAUAGUGUUUACAGUGUCCUUUAAAGGGACACUCCAGGCACCCAGACCACUUCUGCCCAUUGGAGUGAUCUGGGUGUUAACUCCCACUACUCUUAACCCUGCAACUGUUAUUAUUGCAGUUUUUUAUAAACUGCAAUAAUUACAUUGCAGGGUUAACUCCACCUCUAGUGGCUGUCUAGCAGACAGCCACUAGAGGGCACUUCCGUGUCUCUAGCACAGAUUUUCUGUGCUAGAGCGUCGCUGGACGUCCUCACGCUGUGUGAGGACCUCCAGCGUCGCUCAAUUCCCCAUAGGAAAGCAUUGAAAAGUAUUUUCAAUGCUUUCCUAUGGGGAGCUCUAAUGCGAAUGCCGCGCAUGCACAUUAGGUCUCCCCGGCCAGCCGGCGGGAUCAGUCUCACCCACCGGCCGACGUAAUGCAGAGGAGGAUCGGCGGUGGAGGAAGAAGCAGCGAUGUGGGACAUGUCGCUGCCUCUGGUAAGUGACUGAAGGGGUUUUCACCCCUUCAGCAACCGGGGAUUGGGAGGGAGAGGGGACCUGCAGUGCCAGGAAAACGGAUUGUGUUCCUGGCACUGGAGUUUCCCUUUAAGCUCUGCCCAUUGCCAAAAAUUGCCCAAAACAAAAGAUCUUGCUCCUUAGAAGAAAAAGUUGCUCCUACGUUUUCUGAUGUACAAAGGUGGAAGUUUUAAAAAAAUUAGAGUAGAGAGUCAAAACCCUUAAAGGAAAACGCUACUGCCCAAGUAUACAAUAAUAAAAUCACUGUUUAGUAGAUAUGCUAAUAAAAACUUACAUUCGUUUAAUUAUGUAUAUUUUCAUUGUAAGUAUAUCAAAAUCUGCAGUUCUCUUGUCUGGAGCCUUGGCAAGCCGUCCCCUUCUAACCAUGCCCAGAUUUUCUGUGGCUGUCCAAUCACAGACUUCUUAAUGAAGCUCAAUGAGAAGUUGCAAGGCAGGUGCAAUGAGCAAUUGUUGCCUCUUGAGUUUAGUUCCACUGAGCUAACCAGACCUGGAAGUGACAGGACCCGUUAUCUAAGUAACAGUAACCAGGUUUUUUUUUUUAUAAAAGUGUCAAUUCCUAUUGAAAUCUACACUCGUUGCAAAUUAAAAAAGAAAACAGAACACAUUUUUCACACUUAACGCUUAUCAGCAAGCUAAAGUGCUUUAGAGUUCUGGAGUGUCCUUUUAAACAUCCCUGCACAACCACCCCUCGCCCAAAAAACACAGAAAAGACUAUCAACUAGAAGUGGAUGAAGAAGCUUUAUAGUGGAAAAUUUUGCAGGUUUUGGAUAUUUACCACAGUAUGAAAAACCAAAAUGUAUAGUCCUUUAUUUGAAAAACUGCACUGUUAGUAAUACAUUACUCUUGUUGAUCUGAUAGAUAAAGUAUUGUAUCUCCAUUUUGUACCCACACCAAAUGUGAAAGAUGAUAUAAAAUGCAGUGCCUUAUUUUUUCACAAAACGUGAAGCAACAUAAAGAAAAUAUUUAAUGAAAA